AUGGAUUUGGCAAUAUCCAUUUGUCGAAAUACUAUUGGGAUUGUAAGUGGUUUGCUGUUCGCAAUUGGAUCAGUAGUAUUUUGGCCUACAUUUGGUCAUUGUGGUACCCUUAUUGGAAAUUGGAUGUACCGUUGUGGUGCAUCUCUUGGUGUGGUGAAUAAUAUGUGGCAACUUAUUCGAUUACAAAUGAAAUCGGCAACAGUGACAAUGAUGAAACUGUUAAGUCUGUUAUCAUUAUUAGGAUCAAUUGGAUUUCUCGUCGGUGGUGGAUAUUUUCUAGCUGGUGGAAAACAUGAUACCGAAGGUAGUUUUGCUUGGCUUGCAGGAUCACUUGCAUUUUUGUUGUCAUCAAUACUUACAUAUAAACUAUAA